AUGCACAUUCAUCCUGGUUAUAAUCCCUGCGACCUUUGUCGCGACAUAGCCGUAGCGGAAAUCUCAGAAAAUAUUUAUGUGGAUGGGGUGCCAAUUUGCAUGCCUACAGAAAAGGAAGAAUUACCGACGAAUUUUGUGGUGGCUGGAUACGGCUUUAAUCCAUACGACAAACUUCGUCGUCUUCUCCACUCUGUUAAUCUGACCUACUACAGGCUCAAUUGGUCUAACGAAAUCCUUACACUCACCAGUGGAAAGUCUAUUUGCCGUGGAGAUAGUGGAGGCCCUUUGUUCAAGUCAAGUGACCUCAAAGCCAUCCUUAUUGGUAUCAGCAGUGCAAACAAUGGGCCCUGUGAAGAACACGAACCACCUGAAGUUGGUGUAAUUGCUCGCCUCGCUCGUAACGAAGGAGGACCGAUUUGCUCCGCGAACGGCAGUGGACUAGUGGCCGCCCUUGAAGGACGAGGACGAGCUGCUUGUGCGGACAGUUCGCUCAUCUCUUAA